AUGCCAAUCACAGCUGUCAAUACUUCAGCAUACACACACAUUCACUAUGCAUUUGCUACUCUGAAUGCCGACUACUCGAUCAACAUCACAAACAUACAAGAUCAAAUGGCUGAUUUUGUUACUCUCAGUGGUGUCAAGCGUAUUAUCUCUAUUGGUGGAUGGGAUUUCUCCACCAGCCCAGACACAUACAUGAUCUUCCGUGAUGCGAUGCAGCCCGCUAAUCGAGCAACCUUGGUCUCUAAUGUCGUGGAUUUCUUGAACGAAUACGACAUUGACGGGGUUGACUGGGAUUGGGAGUAUCCAGGCGAGCCAGAUAGCUUUACAUUCCCGACUAUUAUUGAAAUCCCACCUGCGUCUCCAUUCCCGCUUGUUAUCACCCCUUAUUACUCUGCUCCUGUGACAGACAUCUUUGGGGGCUCAACAACAGUGAUUGGUGGCACAACGUUGUCUCCUGUCACUACCACAAUUACGCCUCAUCCUUAUCCCACAACUGUUGUCUCAACCACGGACCCAGGUUUAAACACGAAACCAACAUCAUGGACAUCAGGCAAAACUAUCAACCCCAGUGCAACCGGCACUUCAGAUCGUGGCUCGUCAUGCUGGCCUUUCUGUGAUCCAAACUGCCCCUUGUGCCCCCCCGGCCUCGGUACCGAUAGCAGCGGUGGCGGCGGCGGCAGCGGCGGCGGAGGAGAUGGUGGAGAUGGCAGCAGCUCUGCUAGCGAUUCGACCACAUCAACUUCCACCUCGAUCUCAACGGAUUCGAGCACGGAAACAGUUGCUGGCGGGGCUGGAUUUACCGGAUGUAGCUUUCCCACUACAACAGACGAUAGUAGUGACCUUGAUGCCCUAAGCUCCUCCUUAAGCUCUAUCUGGUACUCUGAGGUUGCUACUACGACGACAUCGAUGUCGACUUCCAUGUCAAGUACAACUACCUCGGGACCUACCAGCACUACAAGCGAGAGCUCCACUAUCACAGCUCCACCCGCAACUACGCUGGGCGUGGAAGGGUACGCAGUUCUGGAUGAAUUUCCAUUUGGUGGCGCCUUUGUUAACUACUGGGGUGCUAUCGAUUACACGCUGCCUAACCCAGGAAAAUGGAAGUGUGACAAAAUCGAGGAGUACACCAUGAGCAUGCCCGGGAAAGAUGGUCUGAAUUCUUACCCUGCAACGUGGUCAUUCACGGCUGCGAUCCACGGUUACACCUCCUGUGUUUACUCGAACCCAGCAGCCCCCAAGGCCACGGAAGGAACCUUGACUUGCCCAGAUCUGCCUUCAAAGGUGAGCUGUCCGGUUGUUACUACCACAGGCGGCUGUGUGGACAGUGGUGAUGAUUUGAUUAGCUACAUUGCGAAGUUCUACUGUCUUCUCGACUGA